GUUUGUUUGGCCCAGCAGCAAGCAGGCUGGGCAUGAGACGAGCCAAAUUGACACCGCUCCACCCUAGCAUCAAAGGCAACAACUGUCACCAUCACGGCUUUCGCAGGCUAUCAGAUCAACAUACGAGCCCAGGCGGUCUUGCACUGCAAUAAUGUCAGCUCCUACUGCGGCUGCUACGGCUCCCGCCCCAGGCGGAGCCAGGGAAAGACGAGCCUUCAAGACUCAGGACAAACCGGACGAAGUCAGGAGAUCCAAUUUGAACGCUGCCAAGGCCGUGUCGGAUGCCGUCAGGACCAGCUUAGGCCCCAAGGGCAUGGACAAGAUGAUCCAAACUUCAAGUGGAGAAGUGGUCAUUACGAACGACGGUGCCACUAUUCUGAAGCACAUGGCAGUCAUGCACCCUGCAGCGCGCAUGCUCGUCGAGCUAUCUCAAGCGCAAGACGUUGAAGCUGGUGAUGGUACCACUUCCGUCGUCGUCAUUGCCGGUAGUCUCCUGGGCGCUGCGGAGAAGAUGCUCAAUAAGGGCAUUCACCCUACGCUCAUUGCCGAGAGCUUCCAGAGGGCUGCAGGAAAGGCUGUAGAGUACUUGACGGACAUUGCAACACCUAUCAAGCUCGAAGACAAGGAAAGCUUGCUCAGAGCCGCAAGCACGAGUCUUAAUUCAAAGAUCGUCUCGCAGUACUCGUCUGUCCUUGCUCCCAUCGCCGUCGAGGCAGUCACAAGACUCGUUCGCGCACCUCACUCGUCCUCCCGUCCCAAGUCGCCCGCGAACGCAUCGUCUCCCGUUCUGCCAUCAGGCGACGCAUCUGCAACAAGUGCAGCACUGUCAUCCACCUCUCCAGCCGCCGGUGGACAGGCAGCCGUGGGCAAAGAGGAAGCAGCCAAUGUCGACUUGCGCGACAUUAGACUUGUCAAGAAGGUGGGGGGAACCAUUGAUGAUACGGAGCUCGUCGAGGGUCUUGUAUUGGAGCAGAAUGUCGUGACUGGAUCCGGUGGUCCGAGUCGUGUGGAAAAGGCUCGCAUCGCCCUGUGCCAGUUCCAACUGAGCAGCCCCAAACCUGACAUGGACAACCAGAUCGUGGUCAACGACUACCGUCAGAUGGACAAGAUCCUCAAGGAGGAGCGACAAUAUCUAUUGAACAUGUGCAAGAAGAUCAAAAAGACUGGCUGCAACGUCCUCUUGAUCCAAAAGUCGAUCUUGCGAGAUGCAGUCAACGAGCUAGCUCUCCAUUUCCUUGCCAAGCUCAAGAUCCUCGUCAUCAAGGAUGUGGAGCGGGACGAGAUUGAGUUUGUGAGCAAGACGCUCGGCGCAAAGCCCAUUGCGGAUAUUGAACACUUUUCGGAGGACAAGCUGGCCAGCGCGGACUUGGUGGAGGAGAUUCAACAGAGCGGAGCCAAGAUUGCCAAGAUUACGGGAAUCAAGAAUAUGGGCAGAACGGUCAGCGUGCUUUGCACCGGUGCCAAUGCUCUUGUGCUUGGCGAGAGUGAAAGAUCUCUGCACGACGCGCUCUGCGUUGUUAGGUGCCUGGUCAAGAAGCGCUACCUGAUUGCUGGUGGAGGGGCACCCGAGGUGCACGUUUCACGUCUUCUGGCAGAGCACGCGCAGACGUUGACGGGCAUGGAAGCCUACUGUUUCCAAGCCUAUGCCGAAGCGCUAGAGAUUGUGCCGACGACGCUAGCGGAGAAUGCGGGUCUGAACCCAAUCGCCAUUGUGACGGAGCUGAGAAAUCGGCACGCAUUGGGAGAGAGGACGGCCGGUAUCAACGUGAGAAAGGGACAGAUUACAAAUAUUUUGGAGGAGAAUGUGUUGCAGCCUUUGCUGGUCAAUACCAGCGCCAUCGAAUUGGCUACAGAGACGGUCGCGCUCUUGCUCAGAAUCGACGACUACCACCUGAGCCGUUGAGACGACUGCGCAGUCGUCGCCAACGAGGAGCACUUUAGAUGCCCGAGACUCCCAAGGGAAAUUGUAUGCCGUCUCUUUGAACUCGUGCCUUUGACCGACCGAACCCA